UGAUGUCUCCAACCUGCUGCCCGAAGAUCCAGCUAGCAUCAGGUAAAAUAUGACACCAUAGCACAAUCUAAUACACAAAAUAAUAUGUAAUUCAAUAGAGAAUAGCAAAAAAUGAGCAACCACACAUCGCGGAAUGGUUACUAGAACCGCCUCUUAAACGAGAGGGACCGAGAUAGAUAUAGUGUCCCAUUUCGUAUCGGAGCUACGUCUUUAAAUUACACGUUCUCAUAGCCUUGUAGUCGACACAUUGCACACAGAACGCUGAAACAUCCAUAUACUCUCAUUGAAUUAUAAACCGUAAUACAUAGGUGCAAAGCUUAGUUUUAAAUAAAUUAUAUUGCACUUACGACGUUACGUAGCCAAGGUGAAAUUUAGUAACGGGGGGUGUUCGACAUGGACACCAAAGUCGGGUUUAGAAUUUCAGUACGGUUUGAGAUAGCUACGGGGAGCUUUGUUAGUUCGAUUGUUGACGAUUUUUUUACGUUCGUAACAAAUUUAAGUUGAAAACCGGUUUUUUUGUGUGUGACGAUAUUUUGUAGUGCGCCGUUUUAGGUAAGUGUGGUGAAAUUGAACUGGUGUGGAACUGGGCAUGUUUUUUGAUGCAUGCGAUGGUUGCAAAUGAGUUAAUUUAUCGAAUGCGGGAAUGCAGACAUUAAGAAUUGAGAGACAAAAAAGUAAUGUGUGCAUUCAGUGAGUGGACGUAAAAAACAUUGUGCCAAUCCAAUAUGCCGCGAACUGUGCCCCGCGCAAAAGACUGUCAAAGUGACAUUGACGUUUGUGUGAUCGGAAUGUAAUCAGCAUGGUGACAUUGAUGCCGUGUAGCUACCUCAGCGGCGGGUCCCCGCGAUGCAGUUUGGACACAGAGCCCAAGACGAAACGACCAAGAUCGGAUACAGGCACAGAUGUUAGAUUACAAAGUGAAGCGGCUAGUCCUGGAUCAGAAUCAACAUCAGACUCCCCACCAUCCUUGCUCCAGGAUGCAAACCUUCCCGCACUGCUAGCCACCACCUACCCCAAUACAUCCACCAGCUCGCUAACCGGUGACGUCCUAGGCUUGUCUGAGGUGGAAAAUCUCAACGGAUGCCCCAGCUCAUUGCCACUGCCAUUGACCUCAACUGGCCUUUCCACCUCCACUUCUGCUGUGGCUUGGUUGAUGAAUGAAGAUAGUACGGGUGGUGGUGUGAAGAGCGAAGUCCGAAGUCCAGGGCUUUGUGACGCGGACGUCGCCUUGUACGGGGAGACUCUACCGUACGACCAGUCCGCGUUGUCUUAUCAGUAUUACAAUAGUAUGCAACAAUAUGGCGGUGGAGGUGCUGCAUCAUCCUACGUCAGUUCCUCCUUGUACAACCAGCCCUAUGGCGCUUACCCAACUGCGCACAAUUCUAACAAUAGGCCGUCGUGCAAAGGGACGCCAACGUACCUGAGUGCGUACGGCGUGGGCGGUGUCGGUACAGUACCGAGCGCAGGUUUUGGAACCCAACCAUCCCCCUAUGCGUAUUCUUCGUAUAACAGCGGACUGGCGCAGUCAUUUUCAAAUACCCAACAGGACUACGGAAGUUACGCAACCGGCUAUGCAGAUCACGGCGUUGCCCAAUAUGGCGGUUACUACGCAACCCCUAGUUAUUCACCCUACGUUAGUUCACCAAGCAGCAGCGGUAGCGCAGGACACACUUCUUAUCACCUCGGUGGUACUUUAGCAGAUUCACCGUCAACAAUGCUUCCAUCAAUUAAUGACACACCUCUAUCACCAAUUAAAAAUGAAAUACAUGCUGCCAGUAGAAGGUGUAGGGAAAACUCAGGAGAAAGCACAGCAUCAAGAUCUCGUGGGCGAGGAAGGAGAAAUACAUCAUCAUCACCUGCCCAACAUGUUCCUGAGCCAACUACCGAAAGAGUAUUUAUCUGGGAUCUCGAUGAGACAAUUAUCAUAUUCCACUCUCUGCUGACUGGAACAUAUGCUACAAAGUACAAUAAGGACACACAGCAAAUAGUACAACUGGGCUUCAGAAUGGAGGAGAUGAUUUUCAGUCUAGCAGACACACAUUUCUUCUUCAAUGAUGUUGAGGACUGUGACCAGGAACACAUAGACGCUGUGGCAGCAGAUGAUAAUGGCCAGGACUUAUCUGCCUACAAUUUCGCAUCCGACGGUUUUCACGCAGGGGCAGCACCUAAUGCAGGCUUAUGCGCCCCUGGUGUAAGAGGCGGAGUAGAUUGGAUGAGAAAGUUAGCGUUUCGAUACCGAAAAAUUAAGGAUACAUACAAUAACUAUAGGAAUAGCGUGGGCGGCUUACUUGGACCAGCGAAACGUGAGCAGUGGUUACAAUUACGAGCAGAACUGGAGCAAGGCACAGAUAACUGGUUGACUUUGGCCUGCAAGUGUCUUAAUAUGAUCAAUUCUAGAGAAAAUUGCGUAAAUGUAUUGGUGACGACAACGCAGCUAGUACCAGCGUUAGCCAAGGUGUUGCUGUUCGGCCUCGGAGGAGUAUUCCCUAUCGAAAAUAUAUAUUCUGCUACCAAAACAGGCAAGGAAACAUGCUUCGAGAAAAUCAAGCAGCGUUUUGGAGAGAGGUGUACCUAUGUCGUAAUAGGAGAUGGACAAGACGAAGAGGCUGCGGCUAAAGCUAAGAAUUAUCCGUUUUGGCGGAUAUCCGGACACUCGGAUAUAGCGGCUCUAUACAACGCAUUGGAUAUGGGCUUCUUAUGAUCUGCUGUUACCCUGGUACAUGGAAAUUUGUAUAUAAACAUUAUCCUGCCGUGGAUUCGAUUUUUGAGUAUUAUUUUGAUGUGGUGGUCCUCGCAUUCCCCGGGGCUCUACUUUGGACAUAUACUUCUUAUGUUUUUCUGAUAACCUGGUAUUUCGGUACAAGUUGUUUGAAAAUCUAUAUUUUCUACAUUUGAGCGUAUUUAUUAAUUUAAUUUACAAGCAGGCUUGGUUCUACUCACAGGAAUUUCAGGGAUUUUAUAAAUGAAUAUAGAAAAUAACAAAAAUGAAAAAAUCUACUCUCAUAUUAUUUAUCUGUUAUGAUUUUUAAGGUCUUAAUUUGGCCUAAAGUAAGCAAAUAGUUUUUCUAACUUUCGUAUUUUUUUACCUUACUCUCUGAAAAUAUUUUUAUUCUAGACUCGCAAUAUGAACACUGACAAUAGUAUGAAUAAGUUUACAAAUAACUUUUAGAGUCAAGUUCAUGGAGUUAACGACCCGUUUUUGAAAGCUUAAUCGGACUGUUAAAUUAACGAUCAAAUGUUUUAUUUAUUGUCAUUCAAGUGGCUUUGACUACGACGUUGAAACAUAUCUAAAGUAUAUAAAUAAUUCAUUUCUAAUUUUACGGAGCUGGGAUGAGGCGAUUAAAAAAUAUCCGUUUCAUUCGUUUUAAAUUAAUUUUGAUUUGGAAAAUUCUCGAUUUUACAAUAUGUAACAAAAAUCGUGUUCAAAUGUUUUUUCUUUACUAAAUUAAAACGCACACAAUAAAAUCAAUACUCCAACAACUUCUUACGUCCUGGUAAUAUUCAAAUAUAAUGUCUUGGUAAUUUCUGAGAAUUAAAUCAACUCAUAUUAUAAAUAAGUACGUCCCGUAUUUAUUUGUAAACCAGUAUUUUUAGGAUAUAUAUAUGUAAAAGAUUUUUGUUACAUAAUGUAUUGUUCCACCGGCUCCCACAUUGAAAGCUCAAACGCAGCUCAAAGUCCUUAUGUAAAUAGAUGUAGAUUCUCUAGGUAACCAUUCCUAAGUUUUAAUAUAAGUAUAUGUACAGAAUUAUUUUUAGUGAAACUUUUUAGAGAAUUAUAUUCUGUGGGCCGCCGCUUUUAUUAAUUAUUUAUUAGCACAACAUUUUCUACACUUGAUUUUUUAUCCGAUGUUAAAGAUUCCGUCAUAAAAAAGCUAAUCUGAUAAAUCUGAAAGGUUUUAAACGAUUGUUAUUAAUUUUGAAACAACAUGUUUGUUUACACUUCGCCGUUGAAUUCAUCCGCCAUUUUGAAUUAAGCUAGUCGUAAAUUAUAUAUCAAACGUGGCAUUUUUGUGACAGAAUCUUUUAAUUUGUGCUAAACCACCCAAAUUCUGUAUCUUUGUAAGAACCAUUUACCCCCUUUUUCAUUAAAAAUAUGUUUUAUGAAAGUCAUCUCUUUGAGUCACAUCUUAUUUGAUUUAAAGAGACGAAUUUACAGUACUUUAGUAGCAAACUGCAUUUUUAUGAAUAACGGGGUUUUGUAGAGAUUAGCACAAUAUUUUUUAUCGCAAUAGGGUAACACUGGCUGAAAAAUGUAACAGAUUACAAAAGAAAGUAAAUAGACUACGAAGAUAUAUUUUAAUUGUAAAAACAGUACAAUUUAUUUUCCGGUCUUGUAUGAUUUUGGCUGAUACGAUUCUAGCAAUAUUCGUAAUGUUUUAGUAAAUUUUAUUAUAAAUGUAAAUACAAUUUAUGCGUAAUUAAUUAUACUGAAAUCGUUACAGAAUUAUUCAAAUGUGAAUAAAUAUAUUAUUUCAUAUUUA